CUGCCGCGGCGCUCGCGUUCCACAAAUGCACUCCACCUCCUUCGGCGUCUCGGACAAGCUUCAAUCGGAGCUGCAGCGGGCCUGCGGCGGUGCUGCCGUCGGCGGGCUGCAGAUCCACAUCCGCAACGAGACCUUUGAGCUCGGCGAGACGCUGCCCACGGUGUCGGUGCCCGCGCUGCUCAAGGCUGCGAUCACGCCGCUGCUGGACGAGCGGGCGCCGUGCUACCUGCUGCUCUCGCUGCAGAGCGAGUGGGCGCUCGCCAGUUGGGUGCCCGACGCCGCCGGCGUGCGCGACAAGAUGCUCUACUCUUCCGGCCGCGAGGCGCUCCGCAAGGCGUUUGCGUCGCUCGGCUCUCUGUCGUACGAGGCGCACUGGGCGGGGAAGGGCGAGGCGGACGUGGAGGCGCUCUUCGCGGCGCCGACCGAGGAGAAGGCCACCCUCGCGCUGAUGACAGGCACCGAGAGGAUGGCGCUCGAGGACGCCAAAGCAACCGCCGUCGAAGCCGCCUCCGGCAAGGUUUCCUCUGCGUCCCUCGCCUUCCCGCUCACCGCCGCCGCCGCCACCGCGCUGACGGCGUUCGAGAGCGGCGGCCGCGACCUUCUCCUGCUGCACGCCGCCGACACCGAGAGGGCGCGGCCAGUGCGCGAGAUUGCGCGAGGUAGCCCGAGAGUAGGCGCGGUGCUCGCCUCGCUGUCGGGCCGAGGGCUCGAGGUGUCGAAGUCGCUCGAGGGCGAGCCCUCCGACCUGACCCACGAGCUGCUCUCCUCCGAGCUGAGCGCACCGGAUUACCGCAACAAAUACUAUUGA